UCUUUCAGGCGACUCAUGUGCUGCGCUCUCUCUUUUUCCCCUCUUUCCAGGCAGUUCUGCACGGGUGAAUUCAGGAAAGAUGGUGUCCCUAUAGGUUACAAGGGGAGCACUUUCCACCGGGUGAUAAAGGAUUUCAUGAUCCAGGGAGGCGACUUUGUAAAUGGAGAUGGCACCGGGGUGGCUAGUAUAUACCGAGGUCCCUUUGCAGAUGAAAACUUCAAACUCAAACACUCUGCUCCUGGACUCUUGUCUAUGGCAAACAGUGGUCCAAGUACAAAUGGGUGUCAGUUCUUCAUCACAUGCUCCAAAUGUGACUGGCUAGAUGGGAAGCAUGUUGUGUUUGGUAAAAUCAUCGAUGGACUCCUGGUCAUGAGAAAAAUUGAAAACGUACCAACUGGUCCAAAUAACAAACCCAAACUGCCUGUAGUGAUCUCGCAGUGUGGUGAAAUGUAGAGCGGUGAAAGCAGAAAUCUUGGUCUGGUCACUGUUCCCCAGUCACGCGUCCCUGCAGCUGCCUCAGCCUAAUCCUGCAGGUUACAGCUGUGCUGUUGCCACUUCACAGCAGGAGUUUCAGAUAUUCCAGGUCUACAACUUUUUCUUAAAAAAGAGAGAGAGAAAAAAAACCCCAAGUCCCAGAUGUAAAUAAAGCCUUUUGAUAAA